AUGGGUGCGGAAGUUGAAAGAGCUAUCAGCUAUGCCGAUGAUGAAAACGAUGACAAUUACGACGUCAGGAAAGAAGAUCGUUUCGGCGAGGUUACUGUAAUCGACAACGCAAAAGAUCUUAUCACACACGUUCUACAUGUGGACGAUAAUCCAGCUGACUCUCCGUGGACAUUUCGCGCGAUGCUUAUUGGUCUCAUCCUAUGCAUCUUCGCAUCUGUACUGCAGGAGAUUUUCUAUUUCAAGCCCCAAGUCAUCUAUGUGUCGGUUGUCUUUCUUACAGUGAUUGCAUACAUCCUUGCUUUGCCAUUCCAACUCAUCCCACGCCCGGAUGGAGAUGGCAUUGUAGCUCGAGUAUGCCGCUUCCUAAACCCAGCCGAUUUCAACUCUAAGGAGCAUGCAUUCAUGGUGAUUAUGGGUUCAGCGGGCUCAACAUCUGCUGUGGCGACACAGAUUCUUGCCGCCCAGCGCCUAUACUAUGGAUCGAAUCCAAACCAGGGUGCUGCUAUUUUUCUCGUUAUUUCUUCGCAGUUCCUGGCAUAUGGCAUCGCCGGUCUACUUCGAAGUGUCUUGGUGCAGCCAACCAAGAUGCUAUGGCCCGUCAACAUCCCCGUCAACACGUUACUGGAGACAUUGCACCGCGAUAAAGCUGAGACACGGAAGCGCCUCCGAUCUUUCUAUACAUUCUUUGGUGGCGCCUUUAUUUGGGAAAUUAUACCAUUGUGGAUUGCACCCAUCUUUCAGGGUAUCUCGAUUCCUUGUUUAGCCCGGCAAGACAGUUUGGUCUUUACCAACCUGUUUGGAGGCGCGCAGAAUAACGAAGGUCUUGGUUUUCUCGGCCUUUGCUUUGAUUGGAAUUAUAUCGCCGGGUUGAACUCCCCCCUGUGGUAUCCACUGUACACUCUCGUUAACAGCCUGGUGGGAUAUUUGAUAUGUAUUGUGCUAUUCAUGGGAGUUUACUAUGGUAACGUGUGGCAGUCCAUGAACUUCCCAUUCCUAUCGCAGCUACUCUACGAUGGUUCAUCCAACGCAACCAACUUUGUCGAGUAUAACCUCACGGUUAUUCUCAAUCCAGACAACACGAUCAACAAUACCCUUGUUGCCGAACAAGGAUACCCUUACCUCUCUGGAUCGUACGUGCUCUAUCUCAUCACUACGAACAUUGGUAUUACUGCGGCUAUUGUUCACAUGUUGCUAUGGAAUUAUGACGAUAUUAAGGAAGGCUGGUCGUUCUUGCGGCCAUCCAAGUUGCGAAGGCUUGGAAACGCCUCAACAUGGAUCAAUAACACCGAGAAUGAAGAGACUCGACGGCAACUAGCUCUUGCGAACGACGAGGUGGACCCUCAUUACAAGUUGAUGAUGCAAAACGGGUACACCGAGGUGCCCAACUGGUGGUAUGGGAUCGUUCUUGUACUGUCAUUUGUCAUCGGUAUGAUAACCCUGUAUUCGAUCAAGUCGACCUUACCUUGGUGGGCUUUCAUUGUAUCGAAUCUUUUUGCUGCACUCUUCAUCCUAUUCUUUGGAGCUCAGAUGGGCCUCACUGGUUUCCAGUUCAAUCAACAGCCUGUCAUCCAGAUGUUAGGCGGCUAUUUGUUGCCGGGAAAGCCGUUGGCCAACAUGUACUUUACUGUAUUUGGGUUCAACGGCAUCCAACAGGGACAGUGGCUGUUGCGCGAUCUCAAGUUGGCUCAACUGGCGCACUUACCGCCAAAAGCGACCUUUACAGCCCAAAUGCUGGGUACAAUCAUCGGAGCCAUCAUGGACUACGUGAUGAUGGUCAGUAUUGUGGACAACCAGACAGAGACCCUAUUGUCGAUAGAUGGUACCAACAUCUGGUCCGGGCAGAACGUGCAGUCGUAUAAUACUCUGGCCGUGGCAUGGACGCUGGCCAAGAAUAUGUUCUCAGUGGGCAGCCGAUACCAAUGGGUCACAUUAUCAUACUUGCUCGGAUUCGCGGCCCCCAUCCCAUUCUGGCUGGCUUGGAAACUAACCAAGCACGAGUUCUUCCGCGACGUGAAUACAUCCAUCAUUAUCUGGUAUAGCGGUGUGCUCUGCGUCGGCGUCAACUCGUCACUGCUCAUGUUUUUCGGUCUUGGAAUAUUCGCCCAGUUCUAUCUCCGCAGGUUUCAUCCCGCUCUUUUCAUCAAGUACAACUACCUGAUCUCUGCCGCCCUGGACGGUGGUACGCAGGUGAUGGUCUUCAUCCUCAGUUUUGCAGUCCUAGGUGCAAGUGGGAAACAGUACAACUUCCCGACUUACGCUUUGAAUAAUGGCGGAACAAACAAUAAUAAGAAUAUCGAUUACUGCAUGUAUAAUAUCGCCGAUGGCGCUUAA